AACUUCAACCAUAACCACAACCACCCGCUCGCUCAUCCCGACAUCGACAGCGACGAUGUUGAACGCAUUUUCUCUCGCACGCCCCGCCGCCCUUCGCACCGCGGCUCGUCGUUCCCUAGGGCCUACUCUGCGAGCUCCCUAUUCCCGUCUCGCACACGCCUCUUCAAAGGGUGGAAUAACGCCUCUCAUUCCACCUCGUGGAGUCUCUAUUCUCCGACUCGCCAACGCUUUCCAACAACAGCAGACAAGGGGAGAAGCGAGCUCAGUCUCUGGAAGACCUGCGUCUCAGACGCCGGAGCAGGCGACACAAAACAUAAAGGAGGAAAUUGGGAACUCAGCGACUGACCUCGCGAGGACGAUCGCUGGUGGGAACUUCACGAGGGACACCGUGCAGCCUGGCGAGGAGACUUUCUUGAAUGUGACGAGCUCGGUGGCGUCGUCUGUCCCUCAGCCGUAUAUCGUGUUUGGUUUGCUCGGAGGCGUUCCCUAUAUCUUCGCGUCUGCCACGACCUGCUACCUCGCCUACCAAGCCGGUCUCGCCACCUCUGGCGCCGUAACCAACCUCGACCCUGGCGUCGCCCUCACGAUCCUCGACCGUGCCCUCAACAUCCAAGUCACUUACGGCGCCGUCAUGAUCUCCUUCCUCGGCGCCCUCCACUGGGGGAUGGAGUUCGCGGGCUUGGGUGGCCACAAGGGUUAUGCGCGACUCGCGCUCGGUGCCGCGCCCGUGCUCUAUGCAUGGCCGACUUUGGCGCUCGAUCCGACGACGGCGUUGAUCGCGCAAUGGGUCGGGUUCACGAGUCUCUGGUGGGCGGAUUUGAAGGCUACCGGGGCUGGGUGGACACCAAAAUGGUACUCCCAGUACCGCUUCUACCUCUCCAUCCUCGUCGGUAGCUGCAUCAUCGCCACGCUCGGCUCGACGUCGUUCUACGGCCCCGUUGCCGGCCACGGCUUGCUCACGCACGACUUGGAGCUGAUCAGGGCGCAGAGGAAACAUGUAGUUCCUGAGGUGGAGGGGAGGAUCUCUGGGGAUGUGGAGGCGGUGCCGACGGGGGAGGAGGGAGAUAAUUAUGUGCAGAUCAGGAAGAGGGCGGCGCAGGAUUCUGAGGAAGGAGAGAAGGGUAAGGAGGGUAAGGAGUGAGGCCUAGUGAGGGGUUGGAUUUGGUGAACGGACUCUCAAAAGCAUGCAUCGUCCUGUUGUACGGAUAGUCGGGCAUUGGGGGAGAAGAUGCAUUGUAUAUUUACCCUAUUCAUACAGUAGUCUCUUGUCACAUCUUGUAAUCUGUAUAUCAAC